AAUUUUUGUUGUGGUAUUUCUUUUAUAAAUAAUAUUCAAAAUUGUUUGUGUAUUUUAGCCAAAAAAUAUUGAAAUUUGGAGUAACUUUAUCACAUUGAACAAUACAGUACACUUAUACUUGAAAAAGACACAUAGACAAGAAUAUAAAUAUGAGCGACGGUUACCACUCACAUAGUGCCACAUCUGAGAGGGAAUCUCCAGAAAAAAAGGCUGUUUUCGUUGAUAAAUUUGAUUUCGACCUACACGCCAUCACCUUGACAUCUGAUGAGGUUUUGGAAGUAUCUUGGAAAAGGCCCACUUGUUUCAGCGUCCAUCCCGUUUUCGUACCGGCUAAUUUCACGCCCAGUAACAUAACUUCUGGAAAACUUGGGAACAAAUGGGUGAUAGCCGCCAUAUACAAUUUGCAGUUCAAUAAAAAACUUUUCCCUUUUGUUGUUCAAGUAGGGCAGGAUUUCGACGCAAAUUACUAUGGGGUUUUUCACUUUAGAUUUUGGAAGUUUGGGAAAUGGUAUGAAAUAAUAGUGGACGAUUUGCUGCCGUUCGAAGCUGCGUCGGACGUGCCUCUUUUCUCUCGGGACAAUCACCAAGACUCAUUUUGGUGUCCAUUACUUGAAAAGGCAUUUGCCAAGUUUCACGGUUCUUACAACAACCUGAAAAAUUUGACAGUUCCAGAAAUUUUCACAAACUUCACGGGCGGACUCUGCGAAGAAGUUUACACGAUCAAGACGAACAGCGGGGGAUUUUUGCAGUUGCAGCACAGGAUGAAGAAAAGACCUUUUGUUUGUGCCCAUUCAAAGAGCGAUGGUCGGUCCAAGGGAAAGAAUUUUAUUCCUAAUCACGCAUACGUUGUAACAUCCGUGGAAGUUGUAGAAGCUUCAAAACUUAAGUCGCAUCUUGUGCAGUUAAGAGAUCCGGGGGGCAAUAUACCAAAAUGGAAAGGAAAAUGGAGCAACUCUUCUAGGUCGAUCUACUGGGUCACCUUGUCCAAGAAAUUUAGAGAUGAGUACCUUUUAAACAAAGACGAGGCGCUUAUUUGGCUGGCGUACGACGAUUUCAUACGGUAUUUUGACUACAUGCUCAUAUGCAACUGUCAGAUUACUAACAUUUGGCCAAGAGAACCGGACGUAAAGGACGAACAGUUCUGGGACGUCACCAUGUUCGAAGGGAGGUGGAUCAAGAACAAAACUGCAGGAGGAUUGCCAAUUAGCCAAAUCGGUUACAAAAAUCCAAAGUACAAAUUUGAAAUAUUGCAGAACGAUAAAAAAAGUAUAUCACCGACUACAACAUUGAUAGCGUUGUCUCAAAAGCCGACAACAAUAAGCCUCCGGCAGAAUGAUAUCCUUGAAACCAACAGUGUUGUUUUAGGAUUUUACAUUUACAAAGUGGGCGACGAUAAACAUUACGUUUAUUGGAAGAAGUCUUUGGACAAUAUGAAGCUUUACAGCAAGAGCAAUUUUAAAAAAGGUCAAGUCAGUCAAAAGCUAUUUUUAAACCCUGGAACAUACUUAAUCGUUCCAUGCACCGAGAAAGAGGGCGACGAAGGAGAUUUUCUACUUAGAAUUUUUACAGAAUAUCCUCAUCAGAUACCCAUUGCACAUCAAGAGCAUAAAGUCGCUGGAGACUUUGACACGCAUGUGAGUCUAGUAGCCCCAAACGAAAUCGAUUUAGGGCAAUCGAUAAAAAUUUCACUUUUGGCGAACAACAAGGGCUCGAACGAAUUAGUAGCUAUGGCUACUCUCGGAAUAUAUUCCAAAUCUUUUAGAGCAUAUAAGCCAAUUAAGUCCCAACUGGAGCAUAUAAUUCUUUCCAAAAAAGGGGCCGUUGAAAUACCUUUGUGCAUCUCUUAUGAAGAGUAUGGUACCAAAAUCGACGACCAUUCCCUGCUGUGCGCUAUUUUUGAAAUAUCUGGAGUGGAAUCAAAAUACUUCGAUUGCGGGGUUAAAGUCAUAAGUUUGCGGAAACCCAAAAUCGAGUUUGACGCGGACAACAUUUGUGUAACUCCUUCAGGAUUAAAUAUGCACGCCGUUUUUCGAAACCCUCUUCCUGUUUCGCUCUAUCCUGGUUACGUAUCGGUCGAGGGAAAUGGGAUAAGUUACCAGAAGAAGACAUUCGCAGAAAUUCCACCAGACGGAAUUUUUAACAUUCUAUUCGACUGCGUUCCCGACACAGACUACGGCGAUAUAACAGCCACUGUGACGAUGGAGGCGAUACCGCUUGGUGUACUGAAAACCUCAGUUCGACUGUCGAGGUCCGUUUUGCAAAAGGAUGAAACAAAAGUUAUUAGUUGUUACAACAGCCCUAGACGACACAAAACUAUGUCGUUCCCUUCUGCUCAAGAGAGGAAGCGACGAUGACCACUGAAUGGUCGUAGAGUGAUGUCGUCUUAACCCGAAUUAAUGUGGUGGAAUGAUAUUGGCACUUUUAAACAAGGAGAGGUUUUGAAGGAUUUUCCAAAGUAAUUACAGCAAACUAAUGGUAAUAUGGAGGUUUCGUGAUAGAUAAUUUUAUGUAGA